AUGGAAAAUGGACGUUAUGUUAAUUCAUUUAAUUCACAAUAUACAACAUCUGGUUUUAUGUCGUUUUUAAAAUAUAAGAUAACAACACGAUCCAAUGUACAAUUACCAAAUACAAAAGAAGAACUUGAUAAAUUUUUACCGAUUAUUCAACAUCGAAAACGUGAAGAUCUCAAUCGAACCAUACCUGGUCUAAGAUUUAUUUGGAUUGGACAUGCAUCAUGUUUUAUUCAAAUGAAUAACUUUCGAUUUCUUAUUGAUCCAGUUUUCAGUGAACGAUGCGGUAUGUAUUCACGUUUCGGACCAAAACGUUUUCGACCACCUGCUUUAACAGUUAAUAAUUUACCAGAUGAUCUUGAUGCUAUAUUUAUAACACAUAAUCAUUAUGAUCAUCUCGAUUAUCUUAGUGUAAAAGAUUUAAAUAAUCGUUAUGGUGAACAAUUAACUUGGUUUUGUGGUCGAGGAGUUCGAGAAUCGUUAUCGAAUAUGUAUGUUAAGAAUAUUAUCGAACUCGAUUGGUGGGAAGAAUAUUUCUUUUUAAAAAAAAAUAUUAAUAUUGCGUUUUGUCCAGCUCAACAUUGGAGUCGUCGUGGUCUAUUCGAUACAGAUAAAUCUUUAUGGGGUGGUUUUGCUAUUUGGGAUAAUACAUAUAAAUUUUAUCAUGCUGGAGAUACGGGUUAUACACAUAAUAUUUCAAUUUUUCGACAAAUUGGUCAAAAAUAUGGUCCAUUUGAUUUAAGUGCUAUACCAAUUGGUACUUAUGAACCACGAUCAGUAAUGAAAAAUGAACAAGUAUCACCGGAUGAAGCUGUUCAAAUACAUAAAGAUGUUCAAUCAAAUAAAUCAAUUGGUAUUCAUUGGGGUACAUGGACUAUGAGUAAUGAAUAUUUUAUGGAACCACCAAAAAAACUUAAACAAGUACUUCAAAAUAAUCAUCUUGAUCCAACAUCCUUUAUUGUAUUGAAACAUGGUGAAAUUCUAGAUUUACCCGAAUAA